AUGAUCGGGGCUGAUGGUAUUCGGAUCAAAUUCAAGAACCCCAUUUUGCCGAAUUCCCCAAUUGCUCUUCUCCUCUUCUUCUUCUUCCUGACGACCAAUAUUCAUCCUGCUUUUACUUCACAAUCUCCGCCCCCACUCCCAAUUCUGCCAAUCCCAACUGCACAGCAACUCUCAUGGCAGCUUACAGAGAUGGCCCUUUUCCUUCACUUUGGGACCAAUACUUUUACCGACUCAGAAUGGGGCUCCGGCCAUGUUAAUCCUUCAGUGUUCAAUCCCAAUUCUUUGAAUGCCACCCAAUGGGUUUCCGUGGCUAAAGAAUUUGGGUUUUCGAAAGUCAUUCUUACUGCGAAGCACCAUGAUGGGUUUUGCCUCUGGCCUUCUGAGUACACUGAUUAUUCCGUCAAGUCUAGUCCUUGGAAGAAUGGGAGAGGGGAUGUUGUUGGGGAAUUAGCUAAGGCUGCAAAGAUUGCUGGGGUGAAGCUAGGAAUUUAUCUGUCUCCUUGGGAUCGGCAUCAGCCUAGUUAUGGAAAGACUCUCGAGUAUAAUGAGUAUUAUAUGGGACAAAUGACUGAGCUCCUCACCAAAUACGGUAUCAUAGAAGAGGUUUGGUUGGAUGGAGCAAAAGGUGAAGGGGAGAAGGAUAUGGAAUAUUUCUUUGAGGAUUGGUUUAGUCUUAUUCAUCAGCUACAGCCUGGAGCUGUGAUUUUCUCAGAUGCUGGUCCUGACACUAGGUGGGUAGGAGAUGAAGGGGGUUUUGCUGGGACAACUUGUUGGUCCCUGUUUAACAGAAGUAAUGCGAAGAUUGGCGGGACUGAUCCAAUAUAUUCACAAGAAGGAGAUCCUUUUGGCCAUGACUGGGUUCCCGCAGAGUGUGAUGUCUCAAUUCGACCUGGUUGGUUUUGGCAUGCAUCACAAGUUCCAAAAUCGGCCAGAACACUUCUUGAUUUAUAUUACAAGUCAGUUGGUAGAAACUGUCUUCUACUGCUAAAUGUACCUCCAAACUCCUCUGGUCUUAUAUCUGAUGAGGAUAUCAAAGUCCUCCGAGAAUUCAGUGAGCUCAAGAGCUCCAUCUUUUCUAUUAAUUUGGCGAAAGGUGCACUUCUUUCUGCCAGCAGCACUCGAGGAGGUCGAAACAAUACUAAGUUUGGCCCUUCGAAUGUUCUUGAAGAAGGUAUAUUGUCUUACUGGGCACCCGAGAAGCAGCAAUCAAAGUGGGUACUAUACUUAGAUUUUCAAGAACCUGUGACUUUUAAUGUUCUGCAAAUUCAAGAGCCAGUUCAUAUGGGGCAACGGAUUAUUGAGUUUCAUCUAGAUACUCUGGAUGGAAAAGGAGAAUGGCAGAAGGUGAUCAGUAGCACCACUGUGGGAUAUCGGAGGCUGUUACAGUUCCCUGAAGUUAAAUCCUACCAUUUGAGGCUCGUUGUGGACAAUUCUCGGGCAGAUCCCCUGGUUGCUUAUGUGGGACUUUAUAUGGAUUCCUUUUCCAUUAUAGGGCAAAACUCACAGAGAAGCUUCAAGUCGAAGUUCAGCAGUCUACUCAAGUCCUUCAGCCACCAUUUUCAAAUUGCCUCUAUGUAG